AGAUUUUUUUUUGGAUUGACAGCGCAAUUGAAUUUUAAUUUGCCACUUAAUCUCUCUCUGUCCUUUCCUUUUCUGUUCACUUUCUUCCCCCCUCCCCCUUUCACAUCAACCCUAACCCUACCUCACCAAUCAGGAUACAACAUGAAGGGAGGUAAAUCCAAGUCAGAUACUAAGAGCUCCAGGCUCGCCGUGAACAAGAAAUCUAGCGCCAAAGCUGGAAAGAAAUCGGGGAAGGCGGCUAAGGAUCCAAACAAGCCAAAGAGGCCUGCUAGUGCCUUCUUCGUUUUCAUGGAGGAGUUCCGUGAGCAAUACAAGAAGGAACACCCAAAAAACAAAUCUGUCGCUGCUGUGGGCAAAGCUGGUGGAGAUAAAUGGAAGAGCUUGUCUGAUGCUGAAAAAGCACCUUAUAUAGCAAAGGCAGAGAAGCGAAAGGUCGAGUAUGAAAAGAACAUGAAAGCCUACACUAAGAGACAGGCUGAGGCUCCCAAAGAAGAAGAGUCGGAGUCUGAGAAGUCAGUGUCUGAGGUGAAUGAUGAGGAGGAUGAGGACGAUGAAGAAGGCAGCGGAGAGGAAGAAGAUGAUGACUAAGAAGCAAGGAAGACUUGUGGGAGGAGAGAUAGCAUAACGAAUAUAGGCUGGUGCUUAAUUGCUUAUAUGUUAAUGCUUUUGAUGUUCCCAUGUUAUUCUCUCUAGAUGGGCAUAUGCAUGUCAUCUAAAGGGAAAAAAAAAAUGUACCUCUUAAUCCUCUUAGUUUCUUUCGACCUUUAAGAAAUUAAUAGCUGUAGAUGGUGGGAGAUUUGGUGCUAUAUUAUAUUGUACUCUUGAUUUUAACGUUGAAGAAUGGCUUGUAAAAAUAUCCUUUUUAGAUGAUGAUGUUGAUGCGUUCAUAUA